UAUAACAAUAUACAUGGAGACUUCUGCGCGUGAUGUUUUUUUUUUUUUCUUUCUGUUAAUCUUUUUUGGGGUUGUGUAAUUUUUCGCAUGCAGGGGACGUAAUUUUUGCUGUGUUUUUUAGUACCGGGGCCUCGUUACUUUGAUGGAUUAAUCGAGUUUUCAAUUGAAAGAAGACUUUCAAACUCUUAAUUUGAAGUUUUAGUGGUGUUUUCAUUUGCAUGCAAUGAAUGACUUUACCAAAUUAUUUAUUGAGUAUUGUUCAAUUUAGGGGCUGAUGGUGACAUCAAUUUUACCCUUUUUUUUUGUUUUUUAUCUUGUUGGUGAAAAGUUGGUUAAUUUGAAACAGAUCGGUACUGUUUAUGAGUCUUUUGCUGUUCCCGGGUUAGAGAAGGCUAAUUAGGGUUUGCAAAGUUGCCAUUCCAUGUAAAUUAAGAGGAUGAUUUAGUAGCACAUCCGAAACAUCUCCUUUUUUGGGCCUUUCAGUAACUAGUUUGAUUGCUUGUUACUGUUUGGCUUUUCUACUUAUUUUAGUUGCAAGUGCUCAGAAUAAUUGAUUUUCUGGGCCAUGGAAGUGAAUGGUUAUCGAAGAGCUAGGCGGAAGGAUCUGGUCACUUACCAAAAUGGUGAUGUGAGCACAUCAAACACUGAAGAUGAGCUUGAUCCGUGGAUUGCCUGGGCUUACAAGCCCCGUACCAUUAGCUUAUUACUCAUUGGUGCAUGCUUUCUUGUAUGGGCAAGUGGAGCUCUUGAUCCUGAAGGCAGUUCAGAAAACAAUCUUGUCACCUCAGUAAAAAGGGGUGUAUGGGCAAUGAGUGCGGUAUUUCUUGCUUAUAGUUUGUUACAAGCUCCUUCCACAGUACUUACCCGACCGCAUCCUGCAAUUUGGCGCCUUGUUCAUGGAAUGGCAGUUAUUUAUCUCGUUGCAUUAACAUUCUUACUCUUCCAGAAGCGUGAUGAUGCUCGGCAAUUUAUGAAAUUCCUGCAUCCUGAUCUUGGUGUUGAACUUCCGGAGAGAUCCUAUGGUGCUGAUUGCCGGAUUUACGUGCCUGAAAAUCCAGCAAGCAGGUUUAAGAAUGUUUAUGAGACACUUUUUGAUGAGUUUGUUCUGGCUCAUAUACUUGGAUGGUGGGGGAAAGCUAUAAUGAUCCGCAAUCAGCCUCUUUUGUGGGUACUUUCGAUUGGCUUUGAGUUAAUGGAGGUCACUUUUCGCCACAUGUUGCCAAAUUUCAAUGAGUGCUGGUGGGACAGCAUUAUUCUUGAUAUAUUAAUCUGCAACUGGUUUGGUAUUUGGGCUGGAAUGCGUACUGUUCGGUAUUUUGAUGGUAAAACUUAUGAGUGGGUUGGUAUAAGCAGACAACCAAACAUCAUGGGCAAAGUAAAAAGAACACUGGGCCAAUUCACACCUGCUAGGUGGGAUAAAGAUGAAUGGCACCCUUUUCUUGGUCCGUUCCGAUUUAUUCAAGUUCUCAGCCUUUGCAUUGUUUUCUUGACUGUGGAACUCAAUACGUUCUUUCUGAAGUUUUGCCUUUGGAUUCCUCCUCGAAACCCCCUCAUCAUAUAUAGGUUGGUUUUGUGGUGGCUUAUCGCAAUACCAACAAUUCGGGAGUACAAUUCUUACCUACAAAACAGAAAAACAGUGAAAAAGGUGGGAGCAUUUUGUUGGCUUUCUCUUGCUAUUUGCAUCGUGGAACUGCUUAUUUGUAUCAAGUUUGGACAUGGACUGUUUCCUAACGCCAUGCCCAGGUGGUUGGUUAUUUUUUGGAGUUGUGUUGGGGUCGGGCUCGUGAUAUUUUUGGGUGCAUGGUCAUGGCAAUUGCACAGAUCAAUGAGGAUAAAGAGGGAAUAGGGUUCAAUCUUUUCUAUGUGUUCCACUUUCCUUUGAGGUCUCAAGUUUUUCUUUUUCUUAGGUAAUUAACCUUAUUGUAAAUACCCGUCAUAUUUAUAGCUGUAAAUGUCUUCUCUUCUAGGUUAGAUCUCAUAA